AUGAGAGCAAUCUUGGGACGCGACACCGAAAUAACAAAGUAUUCUGCUCAAGAUCUUGUUGAUUUCACAAGAAAGUCGCCUGCUAGAAAGAAGAAACCGGGCCAUGAAUGUUAUGUUUGUCCUAUUUAUGAGGGGUUGGUGUAUGUCAAACAUAACGGAAUCCAAAUGGAAGCAGCACACCCUUUUGAUAAUGCUUUCUGCAAAAAAAGCGUUGAGCCAAGGAGUUAUCUGAACCUAGCGUAUAUCGACGAUGUGAAGGAAUUGGACAGCAUCGAAGAGACACUUGAUACAGUAAAGAAGCAUCCUGUUGCGGCUACCAUACCUAUCUUCGAGCCAGAGUUCUCGAGCAUUGGAGAGAAAAUCUACUGGAGACCCACUUCUACGAUUUCAAAAUAUGUUAAUACGCAUGGCAUUAACAUUACGGGUGUGGGUAAAGGGGAAAAUGGAGAAAAGUAUGUUUGGGCGAAAUCAAGUGGCGGGCUCAAGUUUGGCGUUGGUGGAUACUUGAAAAUAUCAAUCGAGAUGAUGAUGAUGUGCCUUACCACCGGUAGGUAUGGGCCAUUUAUUGACAACCCAUUUCCACCUCUGUCGAAAUUUGUGUACCCAACUCUUCUCUCCAAGGAAGCCGAGGAAGCACGCCAGAUCCUGGACAAGGAGAAAGAAAGCAAGAGGCUGGAGGAAGAAGAACGCAAGAGGCUGGAGAAAGAAAGCAAGAGGCUGGAGGAAGAACGCAAGAGGCACGCUAGAGGCUGA